AUUAUUACAGGUACCUAAUGAUCCACAUAUGCAGAGACGAGAUUUUGGCAGGAGAAAUAAAUUUUAAGACUACCUUUCAGAGUUUUAGAUCAAGAUUCACCUAGUUCUGCAUGAAAUGGCAACUGAAGCUGAUAUUCAAGAGCCUGUAUCUCUAGCGGAAAACGAUGGAGUUAACAUACACUUGACUCCCAGAGAAUUUAACCAACCUCCUGAAACUGCUGAUGACUUGUUAAAACAAGAAAAAAAGGAAGUAUCAAGCCAUGUUGAAACUUCAGUUAGUGGUUCUGAAGGCAAUGCUGCAUUGAAAGUGGGUGGAAGUUUUUUUGAAUCACCCACAAUUGCCAAAGUUCCUGGCGAAGAAACUUGUCAUGCUGUUGACAUGCCAUACCAAGCUGAGAAGGAAAUGCCAGAGAAUGAAAAACAGAUACAGAAAGAUGAAAAGUUUAAGGCCGCAGCAGAAGAGAUGGAAACUAAGGAGGAUGAAGUCAUAAGUGAGAAGAAGAAGAAAGCAGAGAAGGAUGAAACAAGCUGUGAAAUAUCAGAUGCUACAGAAAUCAGUUUAAAGAUGGACAAGAUUGAGGAACCACGCCUCAGGUUUGGAGAAGAGGAAAUUCGAGAGGAGAGAAUAUCUGAUCACAAUGAAGAAAACACAAAGACUAUUGGAAAAGAAACUAUUGGUUUGCAGAAAUAUGAAGGAGAUGGACCAAAGGAAAAUGAGGAUGCGGAACUCACAACUAGUAAAGAAGCAAGCAUAGCUGAGGCCAGCUCAGGUCAUAAUGAAGAAACAAUGGUUCACAUUCCUGAACUGACAGUCCAUGAUUUGGAAACUAAUGUUGAACAAAGAACAGAAGCCUGCCUCAAAAAUGAAAAUGACAAAACUUGGAGCACAGAAACUGCAGUUACUGAAGAAAAGAGUGGAAAAAAAACUUCUGAAGGAGUACAAGAGAAGAAAGAAGAGAGAUGUUCCAGCUUUUUGGAAGAGAAUAAGAGCCCUGAUGAGGAUGAGAUAGUUGAAAACAAAGGGAGUGAGAAAGAAGGCAUCGAACAUGAAGCAAUUGAAGAAACCUCUCAAACUCUGAGAGAAAGUAUAGACAUCAUUGAAAAUGAAGGGGAAGCCAGCUCUGCAAUCAUAGAGAGAGUGGAUGUCACAUUGGCAACAGACACGUCAAGAAUCCAAGAAGAUGAUGUGCUUCAAGUUGGAGACAAGGUAGAAGAGACCUUCAGCCAUAAAAUGAAAGAGGAAAAACAAGACACCAAUGAGAAUAAGAAAGACAUGACCCCAAUCAUUGGUGAAUCCCAAGAGAAGGACCAUGUAGACAUCCCUGGUGUCACACAGACUGAAGAAAAGUGUCUGCAGAAAGCAGAAGAGACUCAAGUGUCCAAUGUGGUUCAAGAAAAGUGGUCAAAGGAUGUCAAAGAGAACCCACAAGAAGAAGGCCAAACAGAAAUCCUCGAGAAAGCUCAAGGUGAUGGAAGUGGAGGUGAAAACAUCACGAAUGAGAUGAUUCCUGAACAGAAGCUUGAAAACUUGCUUGUAAACCACAAGGAAGGUAGAGAAAACAUAGAUGAACAGGUGACAGUAACAGAAACAUUAGCAACGGAGAGCAUACACGACAUUGGGCAUACAGUUAUAGCAGCUGAAGACAUCAAUGAGGCAUUAACUGCUUCAGGACAAAGCAAAGAUGAACCAGAAAAUGAAGAGAUAAAAACAACUUUGGAAAUGGCUUCUAUGGAAACAGAAAAAAUUGCUUCAGGUGAAUGCCCUGAAACAAUUGCAUGUGCAAAAGAGGAUACAUCCAUCAAAAACGUGGAAGAAAUGUGUUUGGAGGAAGUAGACAAGACUCAAGUAUCCAAUGUGGUCCAAGAAAAUUGGACAGAGGAUGUCAAAGAAAACCCACAAGAAGAAGGCCAAAUAGAAAUCCCCAAGAAAGCUGAAGCUGAUUGCAGUGAAGGUGAAAAUGUUAAAGAUGAGAUGACUCGUGAACAAAAGCUUGACAGCAUGCUUGUAAACCACAAGGAAGAUAAAGAAGACAUAGAUGAACAGUUGGAUGUAACAAAGGCAUUAGCAGAGAAGAGCAGACACAUUGCGCAUCCUGUUAUAGUAGUUGAAGACAUCAAUGAUGCAUUAACUGCUCCAGGGCACAGCAUAGAUGAACCAGGAAAUGAAGAGAUAAAAGCAUCUUUGGAGAAGGCUUCUGAGGAGAUAGAAACAACUGCUUCAGGUGAAUGCUCUGAAACAAUUGCAUGUCCAAAAGAGGAUACAUCCAUCAAAAAUGAGGAAGAAAGCUCUGACAGAAAGGACAAAGAAGAAAAAUCAAUGGACACUGGUGCUAUCAGAGAAAUCGGAAUCCUAAAAUUAGAGAACCUCCAACCAAAAGAACUGAAUGAGAAGGUUGAAAUUAAAGAAGUUGAGAUCCCAAACAAAAGCCUCCAUGAGUUAACUGCAACUCAUUCAUUGGAGAAAAAAACAGGACAACUAGAAGAUGAAGAGCUGAGUGUGGUCUCUGAAGAACCUCAAGACCAAGUUGAGGAAGAAGAGAAAUCAGUAAAAGUUGAUGCUAUCAGAGAUGAUGGAACUCCAAAAAUAGAGAAUCCCCAAUCAACACAAGUGAAUGAAAAGAUUGAGAUGGCUGAAGUUGAGAUCCAAAACAAGAGCAUUGAUGAAUUAAAUGAAACUCAUUCACUGAAACAAGAAAGAGGACCAGUAGAAGGUAAAGAGCUGGGGGAAAUCUCUGAAUUUGAACCUCAAGACCAAGUUGAAGAAGAAGAGAAAUCAGUAGUCAUUGAUAUGAUUAGAGAUGAUGGAAUUCCAAAAGUAGAGAAUCUCUCACCAGCAGAAGUCAAUGAAAAGACUGAUGUUACAGAAGUUGAGAUCUCAAACAAGAGCAUUGGCGAGUUCAGUUCAACCCAUUCAAUGGAACGAGAAAUAUUACUAGGGGAAGAUGAAGAGCUAAUGGAAGUCUCUAACUCUAAACCUCAAGACCAAGUUCAAGAAGCUAAUGAAGCAGGUACUCAGGAGGGAAACCAUGAUAAACAUAAUUAUAGCGCUUGUGAAAGAACAAAGGAAGUCAAUUUGGAGCUUACAGAACCAAGCUCAGAAACAAGUACAGCAAAGAUUGAGAAAUUGGAAGAGGCUGGUGCAUAUGACUCCAAAGAAAAAUUAGAGAUCAAGGAUGCUCCGACAAGCAUAGAAGAGCAAAACUUUCAAGCAGCAUGUCUUCCAGAAGUGGUGAUAACUUUGGAAGGUGAAAAAGAAGAGGCCAAAAGUAUAAAAAAUGAAGAGAUCACAGGCACCAGAGAGGUCAAUGAUGUACAGAACAUAAAAGGCAACAUUAUGCACCUUCCAUCAGAAGUAACUGAUGAAGAGACAGUUCAGAGUUCUGAACAGAUUGAAAGCGAGGUGCAUAUAUCUACAGGAGAAGAUACCAUAGGACAGAUUGUGGAAGGCAAUAAUAAUGAAGACAUCUCACAAGAAUCUGUUGAAGAGUGUGCAGUUAAGAAUGUCCAAAAUGAUGAAAAGAACAGUGACAAGUCCGUCAUCACAGAGAUUUUCCAUGAGAAUGAAACUGUCAAAACAGUAGAUUACAUAGCAAAUGAAGCAGAACAGAAUGAUGAAAGACCCAACCCAACUCUUCAAAGCUCAUUGGUUGACAGUAUGCAAAGUGAACAUCUGACUUCACAUGAGGUUUCAUCAGCAGGAGAAACUGUUGAGGAUGCAUCCUCUAUUCAAAAGGAUGAAUAUAAAGAGAACUACACUGCGCAAAUAGAAGUUGAGGAGCACAAUGAGGAGAAGGACAAAGAAGAUUUAGAAACAAUAAUGAAGACAUCUCACAAUACUGUAGGACAGAUCGUGGAAGACAACAAUAAUGAAGACAUCUCACAAGAAUCUGUUGAAGAAUGUGCAGUUAAGAAUAUCCAUAAUGAUAAAAAGAACAGUGACAAGUCCAUCAUCAAAGAGGUUUUCCAAGAGACUGAAACUGUCAAAACAGUAGAUUACAUAGCAAAUGAAGCAAAACAGAAUGAUGAAAGACCUAACUCAACUCUUGAAAGCUCAUUGGUUGAAAGUACGCAAAGUAAAAAUCUAACUUCACAUGCAGUUUCAUCAGCAGGAGAAACUGUUGAGGAUGUAUCCUCCAUCAAAAAGGAUGAAUACAAAGAGAAUUAUACUGGGCAAAUAGAGGUUGAGGAGCACAAUGAGGAGAAGAAAGAAGAAGAUUUAGAAACAACAUUCCAGGAUAAUGAACCCCGAGAAAAUAUCAAACAGUUAUUGAAUGCAAUAUCAGAAGAAACUGAGGCAGGUGUUCUUAGUAAAAUGGAUAACACUGCAGAAGAAAGACUUGAGGGCACACAAGACAUUGAAAGGGGGAUAAGAAUGGUUACAGAAGAAGAAAUCACAAAUGAGAGCCAUAUUAAAAGCCUCUCUCAACAAUCUGUUGAACAAGAUCAAAUUAAGAACUUUCAGAAUGAUGACAUUGGUGCUGAGAAGUCAAACACAGAGAAAUUUGAGGAGUCCAAGACAGCAGGAAGAGGGAAGAGCAUUGCACAUGAGACAAAUCAGAUUGAAGAAAGUCUCCCAACAUCAAUGGUAAAAGAAGUGGAAAGCCUACAGGUUGAGGAUAAGAAUAUUCAAGUCGAGGCUUCACUGGAGGAGAAAAAGGAGGAUGGUUCUUCAAUCAAUAUGAAUGAGGCAAAUGCCAGCCAUGCUAGGUUAGAAGAGGAUACAAUGAACAUUGAUGUGGAAAAAUCCAAAACAGAUGAUUUUUACCAUGAAACGAAUCAGAACGAUGAAAGUAUCAACUCAUCAACAUCACUAGCAAAAGAAGCAGAAAGUCUACAGGGUGAGGGUAAGAACAUUCCGGUUGAAGCCUCACUAGAGGAGAAAAAGGAGACUUGCUCUUCUAUCAAAAUGGAUGAAGUGAAUGGAAACAAUGCUCAGUUAGAAGAACUUGAAGAGCAAAAUGAGGAGUUAUUGAAGAGUGAAGAAGAUUCAGAACAAAUAUUGAAAAAGAUAGAACCUGGAGAAAAACUUGAGCAGCCGAUUACAGUUGUAUAUGCAGAAAGGGAGGCAGUCACUUGGACUGAAAUGGCUAAUAACACUGAUGCAGAGAUAACUGAGAAUCCAGAAGACAAUGUGGAAGGAGAAAUGCCUAAAGAAGAAGAUGACACCAAGGAAUAUAUCAUAGAUGAGCGUGAUAUUGGAAGCCUCUCAAAAGAAUGUAUUGAGCAAGGAAUGCUUGAGAACUUCCAUAAUGAUGAAAUUAAUGCUGAAGCAUCCAACCAAGAGAUUUUUAAGGAGACUCCAACAAGCAAAACGGGUGAGAGCAUUGCACUUGGGACAAAUGAAAAUAAUGAGAACUGCAAUGCAACUCAUCCAACUGCACCAAUGAAAGAAAAGGAAAGCUUGCAGAGUAAGGUUGAGAACAUAAAUCCGACAGAAGUAUUGCCAGAGGACACAACAGAAGAGGAUGAAUCUUUGACCAAGGCUAGCACAGAUAGUGACAAUAAUACUGAGUCAGCAGAGGCUAUGAAGAACGGUGAGAAGGAAAGAUCACAAGGGGAAGAAAAUAGAGAACCAGAAUUGCAGAAGAAUGAAACAGAAGAACCUCCUGAAUCAUCAUCAAAUGUAAUUACAGCAAAAAGUGAGACAGGUAAAAUCAGCGAAAAGGCCAAUGACAUCAUAAUAGAAAAAGAAGUUGAAGCCAUCCAAAAUACUGAAGAAACUGUACAGAAUGACAAUAAUGAAGAAGAAAAUGAAGAUAUUGAGAGCAAAAUCCAAAAAGUUCCAACCAGAGAGGAUCUUAAACCAGAGGCAAAAACAUGCAUUACAAACGUGAGUGUGAAGAGUGAAGCUGUGGAGAUAAAGCCAAUAACAAGUGAAAUAGACGUAGAGGGAAAACAUACAAGCAACAAAACAGAAGAGGAACUAGAGAAGGAAGAGAUUGAAGAGGUAAAUAAUGAUACUAAGCCUGCUUGCCUAAAUGAAUACAACAAAAUAUACAUCACAACAGAAGCACACGCCACCAGAGAUAUCUCACCACAAUUAGCUGAAGAAGAAACAGCUCUAGUCAAUAAAGGGGAGAAAGAAGAAGAGAGACCUAAAAUGGAGACACAAGAAGUACUAGACACCCAAAAAUUAGUUCUAGAGGAGGUAAAUGUUAUGAAGGACAAAUCUAAAGAACCUGCUAUUGCAAUAGCAGGUGAGAUGGAAGUGGUGCCAGAAAAAGAGAUGCAUGAGAUUACUCGAUCUUCAAAGGAUGAGGAUAUUGGGAAGCAGAUCAUAGAGGAAGGCAGUGCGACCAAGGACAACGUUGAUGUUCCUGUAAGAGGAACAGAUGAAGAAGAUCCUAUGCGGAAGGUAAAAGAAGAUGAAAGUGGUACAAUGAAGUCAAAAGAAGAGAUAAAAAGCUUCAAUUCAGAGCCCUCCGAACAGAUUGCAUCAAGAGGUUACGAAAUAGAAAAUCAAUUCAACAGCAUGAAGGACAAAGAAGAACCAAAUAUGGGCCUUUAUCCUGUAGAAGAAUCUGAAGAAGGAAUGCUGCUUAAAGAAGGCAAAGAAAGCCUUGUUGAAGUCGUCUUCUUAGAGUCCCAGAGCAAAGAAGACACCUUAAUGAAAGAAGAGUCACAUGUUAAUGAUUCUAACAAUGAAUCUGUUAUGGAAGUGACAAAAGAAACAAGCGUUGAGGGGGUGGAAUUUGAAGUAGAAGCUAAAAGACAGCUUGAAAGUUCAGGAUCCUACACUAAAGAGAAGGGACCAGUGUCAAUCGUCGCAAAAGGAAAUACAUUGGAUGGUUUUGAUAUCAAUGCCCCAAGAGAUGAUGCCUCCACCUUGGUUGAGAAGAGGGACCAUGACAGACCACAAGAAGCAGAUGAAGCUGAAGAAGAUAUAAAGCAUGACAUCCAAAACCAAGCACUUAUUGCAGGAAGUGACAUUCAAAGUGAGCUUAUCAUUAGUGCAACAUUUUCAGGCAAAAUAUCAGAUGAUAACCUGAUGGAAUGCUCUAAAAUGUCAACCAAAGAUUCUGAGCUCAUAACUAGUCAAGAAAGCAAGCCAGUAGAUGAAAAUUCAUCAAAACAUCCAACUGCUCAUGAAAACAUAGAAAUUGCUUUGAUUUCACAAGCAACAGAACCUACGCACAAUGAGGUCACAGCAGCUGAAGAGGUCUCUAGAUUAGGUCUUGUGGACACUGGAAUAGAGAAUACAAAUGAAGAAGCCAGGUCUUACGAGAGUGAGGAUUUGCAUCAGAAUCUUGAGCUACAUAAUGAACAGAUUCUCUCUAAACCAGAGGAUAUUGAAAUCUUGAAGACGGAAGAAACAGGAGAGCUAGUUGAUCAGGGAGAGGUUUGCAAUUCAAAAACUUCAGAAGAUGAGACUUCAAAGUGUACUGAAUCAAUCAAUGCAGAUAGGAAAGAGACUAUCCCAGAGGAGGAUUGUGCUAAGAAAUCUGAAGACAAGGAAGAUGAUGCUAAGGAUUCUUCUAAGAAUUGUAGCUUAAAGAAAGAUGAUUCAGUAGACAAAGAAGCUGUUGAACUUGCAGAGGAAAAAGAGCUUGAGGCCACUCAGAGCAAAAACUAUGGAAUUCCAACAGAAGAGAAUCUUGAAUCAGAAGAGUCUAGUAAGAAGCUUGAUUGCACUUCUGAAGUAGUGAAAAGAGAUCAAAGUCAUGAAACAAUCCUUGAAACCAACCUAAAUACAGUUGAGGAAAACAUAAUUUCUGAAUCUGUUGAACAAAGCUCCCAAGAAUCACAAGAGCAUCAGGAGACAGAAGAGAAAGCAGAGUCAAAGUUGGAGGCUGAAGACCACAUUAAAGAAACACAAAAUGCAGAUGAGACAACAAAGGCUGCCAUCUUAACUGAAGAGGUGAGAGAAUUCAGCCUCAUAUCCACCGAGUCUCUCAAAGCAACAGAUUCCAAUAAACAGACAGAAAAAGUAAGCUCAGAGGUUCAAGAGGCAAAAGAGAAGGAAGAAAGAGAAUUGGGAGAUGAAGAUAGUGAAAAUACUGCAAGUCUCUCACCCACUAUACCAACAAAAGAGUCAGAAGAAAAGACUAAGGAGCAGAACAAAGAGGGUGCAGAUAGUGGUUAUGACAAGAUAAAGGCAACAACUGUUGUGAAGGAAGUUCUCUCAGAUGACAGGAUGGAUUCUAAAAUCCCCUCAGAUGAGAGCAAGCCACAUGCAGUUGAAGUUGAGGCAAGUCAACAACACAUCAUGGUGCCUGAAGAAAAUCCCUCAAGCUUAGCAUCUCAACUUCCACCUGAUGAUCAUGAAAGCAUAAAACAGGAGACUACAACCAUGGGAAAUGCAAAUCUAGAUGACACUGAGGAUAGUGGAAAAGUUUCUGAUGUAGUUUACGGAUUCAGUAAACGAAGUGUGGAAGAGCUGCACACAGAUGAAAUUAGAGAAGAAAUCAAAGAAGCCUCUGAAACAGUGGACAAGUCUCAUAGUGACGAAACAGUUGCAGGAAUUGAAGUUGCUACUGAUCAGACUCUCCAAGAAGAGAUAACAAAAGAACAUGAGACGCCAUCUCUAGCAAUGCCUUGCAAAGAGGAAGAGCAAGGAAUUACAGCAACAUUUGAGAAUAUGGGAGAGAAGAUAGAGAAAGUGGGAAUAAUAAAGGAUGAAAUGCCAGAAAAUUCUACUGCAUUAGAGACAACAGAAGACAGAUGCUUGGAUGUGGAGAAAGGGGAACCUCUAGACAAAGUUAAAGAAGAAAUCAAAGAAGUUUCUGAAACAGCAUUAAAGUCCAAGCACGAAGUAGCUAUGGAAGAUGAAGGUUCUGAUGAUAAAGAGGAGAAAUCAGAAGAGCAACAUCGAACAGAAUCUGGUGCAUUACUUUUCAAGGAACAUGAGCUUGAAUACUCGGCAAAUAUUGAGAAGAUAGAAGAAAGCAUAAAGGAAGUGGAAUUGCUAGUAGGUGGAUCAAAAACAAAUGAAGAGAUUUUCUUACCAAAGGAAGAAUCCAGGGAUCUCAUUGUCUCCCAAUUAAACCUUGAACUUUGUAAAGAUAAAGAAGAAAGCCCAAAUGAAGCUCAAAGGGAACAAGAUGGGACUUCAUUAGAAACAGAGGAAAAGAAAGAAUCUUCUGAUUCCAUAUUGAAGUCUAAUUCAAGAGACAAUGAAGAACAUAAAUCUGAAAUUAGUUCUGAUAAAACUGAUACCAUAGAGAAACUGGAAGAACAGAAUAAGACACUGUCCUCUUCACUGCUUUCAAAGGAACAAGAGGAUGGAACUUCAGCCAAAAUCAAGAGCGCAGAAGAGAACAAGGAAAGGGAAAUGCUGGAGGAUAAAUCAGAAGCAAUAAACGAUGUAUUCCUCCAAAAGGAAGAUCCCAGAGAGCUUGAAGUCUCCCAAUUGGAGUUCCAACCUGAUAAAGAUGCAAAGGAGGAGAGUCCAAAUGAAAUACAUGAUAGACAAGAUGGAGCUAUAGAUGUUACUAAAGAAGCAAUUAAAGAAGUUUCUGAAUCAGCACUUCAGCCCAGUUCUGAAGACCAUGCAGAAGCAGCAGAAAAUGAAAUUGUUUCUGAUCAGUCUCUGUCAGCAGAUAAACUACAUGAGCAAAAUCAGACAGCAUCAUCUGGAUUGCUUUCCAAAGAACAGCAGCAUAGCAUUUCAACCAACAUUGACCGCAUAGAAGAAAAGGAAAUGGAAGUGAAAGUACUAGAAAUUGCACCAAAAGAAACAGGAGAGGGAUACAUUAAAAAAGAAGAGACUAGAGAGCUCAAACCCUCCCAAUUAGAUCUUCAAAUUGACAACGAUAUGAAGGAUGAUGGUCUUGAACUAAUCCAUGAGGCAGAAUAUGCGAGUCAUGGGACUCCAGAUGAACAUUUAAAAUUGCAGCCUGAACUUGGACAAGAGAUAAGAGAUGCAGAACACCCAUCAGAAAGUGGGAAAAUCUCAGAAUCAGAAAUAACAGGGCCAUUUGAGAAAACCAGCAAUCUCAAGAUUGAGGUAAAUGAAGAGAGUCCUGAACCUGAGUCGGAUGUUCAGGGUCAUGAAGUAUUCACUGAAUCAGAAGAAACUGAAAUCAAGGAAAAGCAUUUGGAGGCCACAACUCUGGAUUUAAUGGAAAAAGAAAAUCAAGGUGAAAAAACAACUGGUGCAAAUCAAAUCAUACAUAAUGACGUCACAAAUGAACAGAUCAUGGAAGAGGAUGAUGCCAAGAAAUGUGAGGAAAUAAUCAAUGGUGAAGACGGAGCUAAGGAAAGCCACCAAGAUCACGAGAUAAAGGGUGAAAAAAAUCUCGGAGACGAGGCAUUGACAAAGGCAAAACAAGACGAAACAAUUAGUACAGAAAAAGAAACAGUUGAGAACCUUCAACAAGUUGCUGCAGACAAUAUCUUGGUUGAAGAAGCAGCUAAGAUUAUCUACCAAGAACGUGAGAUGAAGGAUAAAGAAAUUCCAGGAGACGAGAAACUAGCAAAGGAAAAACAAAACGAAGAGAUCAGCGCAGGAAAAGGGAUAAUAGAGAACCUUCACCACGAUGUUAAUGAGAAUAUCUUAGAUGAAGAAAAAACUGAAGAGAUCCACCAAGAACAUGAGAUAAAGGGAGAUGAAAUUCUAGGGGAUAACAUGUUAGCAAAGGAAAUGCAAAGUGAAGAACAGAUGAUCACAGAAAAAGGAACAGUAGAGAACCUUCACCAGGUUGUUGUCAACAACUUAAGCAAAGAAGCAAUUGAAGAGAUCCACCAAGAACAUAAGAUCAAGGUUGAAGAAAGUCAAGGAGAUAAUGAAGUCACAAACGAACAGAUCAUGGAAGAGAAUGAUGCCAAGAAAUGUGAGGAAAUAACCAAUGGUGAAGAAGGAGCUAAAGAGAGCUGCAAAGAUCACGAGAUAAAUGGUGAAGAAAGUCUCGGAGACGACGCAUUGGCAAAGGCAACACAAGAUGAAACAAUCAGCACAGAAAAGGAAACGGUGGAGAACCAUCAACAAGCUGUUGUAAACAGUAUCUUGGUUGAAGAAGCAACUAAAAUAAUCCACCAAGAACAUGAGAUGAAGGAUGAAGAAAAUCUAGGCGAUGAGACAAAGGAAAAACAAAACGAAGAGGUCAGCGUAGGAAAAGGGAUAAUAGAGAACCUUCACCAAGAUGUUGUUGAGAAUAUCUUAGGUGAAGAAGAAACUAUAGAGAUCCACCAAGAACAUGAGAUAAAGGGUGAAGAAAUUGUGGGGGAUAAAGUGUUAGCAAAGGAAAUGCAAAGUGAAGCACAGAUCAGCAAAGAAAAAGGAACAGUAGAGAAACUUUAUGAAGCUGUUGUUGACAAUAUCUCAAGCAAAGAAGCAACUGAAGAGAUCUACCAAGAACAUGACAUCAAGGAUGAAGAAAGUCAAGGAGCUAAUGAAGUCACAAAUGAACAGAUCAUAGAAGAGGAUGAUGCCAAGAAAUGUGAGGAAAUAGCCAAAGGUGAAGACGGAGCUAAAGAGAGCCACCAAGAUCACGAGAUAAAUGGAGAAGAAAGUCUCGGAGACGAGGCAUUGACAAAGGAAACACAAGAUGAAACAAUCAGCACAGAAAAGGAAACAGUUGAGAACCUUCAACAAGCUACUGCCGACAAUAUCUUGGUUGAAGAAGCAACUAAAAUGAUCCACCAAGAACGUAAGAUCAAGGUUGAAGAAAAUCAACGAGAUAAUGAAGUCACAAAUGGACAGAUCAUGGAAGAGAAUGAUGACAAGAAAUGUGAGGAAAUAACCAACGAUGAAGACAGAGCUAAAGAGAGCUACCAAGAUCACGAGAUAAAGGGUGCAGAAAGUCUCGGAGACGAGGCAUUGACAACGGCAACACAAGAUGAAAGAAUCAGCACAGAACGGGAAACAGUUGAACAUGAGAUCAAGGUUGACGAAAGUCAAGGAGACAAUGAAGUCACAAAUGAACAGAUCAUGGAAGAGAAUGAUGACAAGAAAUGUGAGGAAAUAACCACUGAUGAAGACGAAGCUAAAGAGAACCACCAAGCUCACGAGAUAAAGGGUGCAGAAAGUCUCGGAGACGAGGCAUUGACAAAGGCAACACAAGAUGAAACAAUCAGCACAAAAGGGGAAACAGUUGAGAACAUUCAACAAGCUACUGCAGACAAUAUCUUGAUUGAAGAAGCAACUAAAAUGAUCCACCAAGAACAUGAGAUGAAGGGCAAAGAAAUUUUAGCAGAUGAUAUAUUAGCAAAGGAAGUGAUCAGCACAGGGAAAGAAACAAUUGAGAACCUUCGCCAAGGUAUUCUUGACAAUGUCUUAAGUGAAGAAGCAACUAAAGUGAUCCACCAAGAAUAUGAGAUAAAGGGUGAAGAAAUUCUAGGAGAUAAAGCGUUAGUAGAGGAAACGCGAAGUGAAGCGUUAUGCAAGGAAAUUGUAGAGAGUAAUGCAAGUGAGACACUUCAAAAGCAUAUCAGCAAAGAAAAAGGUAUAGUAGAGAAACUUCAGGAAGCUAUUGUUGACGAUAUCUCAAGUGAAGCAGCAACUGAAGAGAUACUCCAAGAACAGGAGAUCAAGGUUGAAGAAAGUCAAGAAGAAGACAAAGUCACAAAUGAACAGAUCCUAGGAGCGAAUGAAGCCAAGAAUUGUGGCAAAAUAACAUAUAUUGAAGAAGGAAAUAAGGAGAGCCAUCUAGACCAUGAGAUAAAGGGUGAAGAAAGUCUAGGAGAUGAAGCAUUAAUAAAGGCAACACAAAAUGAAUUAGUCAGCACAGACAUGGAAGCUUUUGAGAACCUUCAACAAGUUGUUACUGACAAUAUCUUGGUUGAAGAUGUGAUGAAGGAUGAAGAAAUUCCAAGAAAUGAGAUACUAGGAAAGGAAGAACAAAACGAAGAGUUACGAAAGGAAAUCAGGAAGACUGAUUCAAGAGAUACAAUUGAACAACAGAUCAGCACAAAAAAAGGGACAACUGAGAACCUUCACCAAGGCGGUGUUGAGAAUAUCUUAGGUCACCAAGAACAUGAGAUAAAAGGUGAAGAAAUUCCAGGGGAUAAAGUAUUAGCAAAGGAAGUGGAAAUUGUAAAGACUAACGCAAGUGAGACACUUCAAAAGCAAAUCAACGCAGAAAAAGGAACAGUAGAUAACCUUCACCAAGCUGUUGUUGACAAUAUCUCAAGUGAAGAAGCAACUAAAGAGAUCAACCAAGAACAUGAGAUCAAGGUUGAAAAAACUCAACGAGAUGAUGAAGUCACAAAUGAACAGAGGGAAAAACAGAUCAUGGAAGAGAAUCAUGAGGAAACAGAAAUAAUCCAUGAUGAAGAAGGAGCUAAAGCAAGCCACCAAGAUCAUGAGGUAAGGGGUCCAGGAGAUGAGACUUUAACAAAGGGAACACAAGAUGAAGAGAUCAGUAAAAAAAAGGAAACAGCUGAGGUUAUCCAACAAGCUAUUAUUGGCAACAACUUGGUUGAAGAAGCAAUUAAAAUGGUCCACCAAGAACACGAGAUGAAGGAUGAAGAAACUCUAAGAGAAAAGACAUUAGCAAAGGAAAUACAAAGUGAAGUGACCAGUCCAGAAAAAGGAGUAAUGGAGAAUAUUCACCAAGGCAUUUCUGACACUAUCUCAAGUGAAGGAGCAAUUAAAGAGAUCCACCAAGAAAAUGAGAUAAAGAGUGAAGAAAUUUUAGCUGAUCUGGAGUUACCAGGGAAAAUGCAAAGUGAAGUGUUAUGGAAGGAAAUUACAAAGACUGACACAAGUGAAACAUUUCAAAAGCAUACCAACGCAGAAAAGGGAACAACUGAGAAUCUUCAACAAGUCGCAGUUGACAAUAUCUCAGGUGAAAAAGCAAUUGACAAGAUUCAACAAGAACGUGGUGUCAAGAGUGAAGAAAAUCUAGAAGACAAUGAAGUUACAGAUAAACAGAUCAUGGAAGAUAAUGAUGCCAAGAAUUGUGAAGCAAUAACAUAUGGUGAAGGAGGAACUAAACAGAGCCACCAAGAUCAUGAGAUAAGGAGUGAAGAAAGUCAGGGAUAUGAAGAAUUAACGAAGGAAAUACAAAAUGAAAUGAUCAGCACAGAAAAGGGAACAGCUAAGAGCCUUCAACAAGCAGUAGCUGACAAUAACUUGGUUAAAGAAGGAACUAAAAUGAUAUGCCAAGAACAUGAGAUGACGGAGGAAGGAAUUCAAGGAGAUAAGAUAUUAGCAAAGGAAACACAAAAUGAAGUGCUAUGCAAGGAGAUUAGAAUGACUGAUUCAAGUGACACGACUGAGAACCAGAUCAACACAGAAAAAGGAACAAUCGUGAACCUUCACCAAGGUGUGGAUGAAAAUAUCUCAGGGGAAGAAGCAACUAAAGAGAUUCACCAAGAACAUGAGAUAAAAGGUGAAGAUAUUCUAGGAGACAAGAUGUUGGCAGAGGUUAUUCAAAGUGAAGUGUUACACAAGGAAAUUACAGAGACUGAUGCAAGUGAGAUGCUUGCCAAGCAUAUAAUCACAGAGAAAGGAAUAGUUGAGAAUCUUCACCAAGUUGUUGUUGACAACAUCUCAAGUGAAGAAGCAACUGAAGAGGUCCAACAAGAACAUGAGAUCAAGGGUGAGGAAAGUCCAGGAGAGAAUAUAUUAGCAAAGGAAAUGCAGAAAGAAGCUUUACACAAGGAAAUUCAAAAGACCGAUGCAAGUGAGACAAUUGAAAAACAUAUCAGCACAAAAAUAGUAAUAGUUGAGAACUUUCACCAAGCUGUUCAGAAUGAGAAUGCUGAAGUGCAUUUUCCAGAUGAAACAGAAUGUAGAAAGACUGAGAAUGCAGAAAGGAAGCUAAACAUUGAAAGUCAGGGUGAUGAGACAAUAUCUAGAGAUUGCAUAACAGAUGCCACAACUGCAACUGAAAAGGAAUUGGAUGUAGAUACAUCACGAAUAGAAGUUGCCAUAGGCCUUCCAAAAGCAUCUGAAACCAUGAAGGACAUUCAUCAGGAAGAGAAAACAUCUGAUGGAACAUUGGAAAACCAGAGUUUAAGAGAAGUAGAGCCAGAGACAAUGGUUUCAAUGGGAGAGAAGGAUGUUCAACAGGUCCUGAAAGAACCAGUUGCAGAAACCAUACAAGUUACUCAAAUAGGAGGUUCACAACCUGUAUAUGCUACAGAUGUCGAUUUAGAAUUAAAAAGAGUUGACCAUGGAACAAAGGAUAUAGUGGAUGAGAAAGAUGGAAAAGCAAUUGAGGAGAUUGUUCCAAGGGAUUCAGCCAAACUUUCAUUAUUUGACAUGAUGCAGAAAUCCACAAGAGAAAGGCAAGAAGCUAGAGAAUCAGCUGAAGAGAAAGAACCAAAAGCAAGAAAAGAAGAACUGGAACAAACAGAGAAGGCAAAAUCAGACGAAGAAGAAGAUGAUGAAAGAGAGGAGCAAAAAAAGGACGACUCGGGCUCUGAUGCUCCAGUAAUUGUAGAAGCCUCAAGGGACAUAGAGAUUAAGGUUGCACACAAGAAAUCUCAUAACAUACUAUCCGGUGUAGGAUCAAAGGUGAAGCAUUCAAUUUCCAAGGUGAAAAAGGCCAUUACUGGCAAGUCUUCUCAUCCAAAGCAACAAUCGCCAAAAUGAAGAACAAAAUAAUAGGCGACACGAAGCAGUUAAUAACAUCUAAAUAGCUGCUUGGCCACAAAAACAAAAUUCAAUCAAAGGGUUGUUCUUAUUUGAUGUUUUGAAUAUAGGAUUAAGGUUUGAAGUUUGGCGUGUGCAUAUCCGUAGCUUGUAAGUACAAAUUCAGAUUCCAUGAUUGUAACAUAAUUAUAUUGUUUGCAAUAAAGAGCUUAAAAUAGUGUUUGGUUCAA